AUAUCAUAUUUUUUUGUCUAACCUAUCAUUAAUUGAACAAGAUCAAUCGAGUAAACAUACUGUUAUCGUCAAUAUUGCUAGUUUUACGAAUUCCUUAAAAGCAGAGAGUUGCGAUUUUUUCUUUAAUUGUUGAGUGUUCUUUCACUAAAUAAAUGUGUUUAUUUUAAUGAUUGUAAUAUAGUAGUUUGGUUAUAUAUUUUUUAAUUUAGCCGCUUGUUGUUGUAUAGAAGCAGCAAACAUGUCGACAAUGCUACCUGGUGCUCGAACUUCAACAGUUUGGUCAAAAAAUGACCCCGUUAUGAGAAAAAAUCAAAGAACAGAUCAUUGGUCAAAGAUGAAACAUAAGGCGACAACUUUUACUGUGAAAAUGCCAGAAGCCAGAGUUAUUGCUAAACAGAUUCCGCAAAACACGCAACAAUUUCGAGUGACCGAGGAUGGUUCAAUUAUCCCGCUUCGUGGAUCUGCUUUUGAGCAUAAAGUGGAAAGAAGCUUCAGUGAAGAGCGGCCUGGAAGUUAUCAGAGGUCACGGCCACGACGAAGAGUUUCGGUACCGAACAUGCAACAAUAUCGAAACCCUUUUAACGAUAGAGCAAGAGAAGGAUUUCAAUACUGGCCCAUGACUCGACCGAGACCUACGUUAUAUGGAAAAUACGGAAUGGGAUGCUACAAAUCUGUACUUGGACUCGGUGAUGCUGUGAGAACGUGAUAUGCAAAAUAAAUGCAUAAAUGUUACCAAUCGGCGACAAUUGUGUACAUAAUGUAAAUAUAUUAGGUUGGCUAGAAAUUGUUCAAAUAAUUUAUGAUACAUUAACCAAUAUUGGUGGAAGUCUAGCAAAUAACUUUCCUUUUCGAAAUGCGUGUUUUAUCACCUUAACUUUAUACCAAUAUUCCAGUCCAGUGAAUUCAGACGAUUAAAUGUUUGAAGUGCUACUUUUCUUACAUUAUCUCUUAUUUCAAUGUAGAUUUUUCUAAUACAUGUCAAAAAGAUUAUCAUACUGAAAAAUGUAUUUAUAUUUUUCUACUUAUUUAAACACUAUAUCGGCCUAACUUGUUAUCACUGCACUAUCAAAUUUUUGAUAUAUAUAGUUUUUUCUGGUGUCUUUAUAUAGCUUUUACUUUUACUCAAUUUAUCUAUUUUUGU